AUGUCAAUUUGUGGAAGGAGAAUUACAUGCUUUUCAUUUAUUUCGAUUGAUAAUAAAAAUAAAGAGGCAGUUCAAGAGGCGGUCUCUCUCUCUCUCUCUCUCUCUCUCUCUCUCUCUCUCUCUCUCUCUCUCUCAUCACUUUCCCUCUUUAUUCGAUUCAUUGAUUACUACUUUCUUCUCUUUGGCUCCCUUUUCGUUGGCGUCCUAGGUAGACAUUCAUUCUCCUAUAACGAUUUUUAUCUCUUCAACCGGUGGACUUUCCUUCUAAAUUUGUGUCGCACUUUUUCGCUGUCGUCCAUUUUUCUUAUAUCCUUUCUUUCUUUUUUCUUCUUUUGCUUUUUAAUAUCAUUUUUACGUGUCUAUCGUUGUUUUCACUUUUUCCUGAUUUCUUUCUUUCUCUUUUCCUUCUUACUUUUCAACUAUUAUUUCUUAUUUUCUUUUCUCUUUUCUUCUUUUCUUUAUGCUUACUUAAAGUUCAUUUCCUUCUCUCCUUCUUUUUGUCGUUUGUCUUUUCCUCCAUCGUUAUUAUUUGCACGCUCUUUCAAAUAUCCGUCUUCUUCCUUCUCCACUUUAUUUAUUGCUCUUGAUUUGCUUUUUCCAAUUCCGAUUUACUUUUCUGUUUUGAUUCUUCAUUGUCACCCUUUUUUGCCUCCAUUAUCUUUCUUCUAUUUUUAUAUUCUUUUUCUCCUUCUUUCUUUUAAUUCUCAUUUUAUUUCUUCUUGGUCUUUUUAUAUUAUGUAUUGUAAAUAUCUAUUACGCUUUUUUCUCCAUCUUCUCUUUCCUUUCCAUCUCUUUUUCUCCGUACUUUUUUCUCCUCUCUGCACUCUUAUUUACAAAUUCUCUUUUAUAAUUAUCUCCUUUCGCUCUUCUCACUCUAUUCUCUUUACAGUCCCUUUCUUCUCCGUCAUUCUUUUUUUUAUUUUAAAUUCACACUUUUUCGUGUUUUUCGCAUUUUUCCCAAUCAAAUCAAUCGUUUACCUCUUUCUCUUCUCUUUCUUCUUUCCCUCUGAUUCGCAUUCGUUGUCUUUAUUUUUCUCUCACUUUUCUUCUUUCAUUCCCUUUUCAUUCGCACCCAUCUUCAACCUUAUCUCCAUUUUCCUUCUCUUCCACUUUCUCCCUUUUCUUUCACGUCUACCAUCUUCAUUUUGCUCAAUUUACUUCACUUACUUCGAUGAACAAAUACACCUUUAA